AUGGCUCAAGAAAGACCUCAAACUCCAACUUCACCCACCAACAUUGCCGCUCCGAUUCUUUCGCCCACGAUAACCCAAACUCCACUUUCCUCGACAAAUGCUGACAACUCAACCACCAAAGUAAAAUUACUCUCUCUCAACAUCUUUCUACAGCCACUGAUGACAAACACCCCGUACAAAGCAGACCGUAUGAAUUAUUUCAUUACAAAUAUCCUGCCAAAUUAUGAUAUUGUAUGUCUUCAAGAGAUGUAUGGGUUCGGGAGUGGGCGACGACAAAAGUUGAUCAAUGCUGCAGGGGAGAAUGGGUUCGGAUAUGUGCUAAAGAGCAAGAACAAGUUGACGAGAGGAAUGAUUGACGGCGGGCUGUUGAUAUUGAGUAGGUUCCCCAUAACAGAUUCAGAAGAGAUGAUUUUCGGUUGUCAGGGAGAUCGUUUUGUUCCCAAAGGUUCUCUUUACGCAAAGAUAGCCGUAAAGCCUACAUGUCCGAUUCAUCUAUUCGUAACACAACUACAAUCUUCUUGUGAUCCGCAUCCCUCAUUAUCCGAUACCAACGUUCGCAUACGGUUCCAGCAAGUACAUCAGUUGAGACAGUUUGUAGACAGGUGUAAAGCCAUAUACGAAUUCAAGCCAAACGAGAUGGUGAUGGUUGUUGGCGAUCUCAACGUUGAUGGCAGAAGGACCGACGAGGAUGACGAUGGCAUGAGUGAAAAGAAUAGCAGAGAAUAUUUUUUGAUGCAGAAAAUUCUUUCGGGAAAGGGCAUCCCUGCAAACUAUGCUAAUCCACGGUUCUCUAUUGCUGGGCUUCGAUAUUCUUCUUCCGCUCAAUUCUCUAUCCGUGACGUUCUGAAAGAAACCUAUUCCGAACAUCCUAUCACGUAUGCCGGCCUGGCUAACAAAAAUGGUUCUCCUCAAUCACGAGAAAGUGUAUUAAAAGCCAAACAGCGACUGGGAAAACAGUGUAGUCUGGAUUAUAUUUUUGUAUUGGAAAGUCGGGACGAGGCGGAAAAAGAGGAGGAUGAUACAGUAGAGAUUGAUAUAAAGAAUACAAAAGUUGAGGAAUUUUCGACUGAUGGGAGUUUUGAAUUUUCUCAGAUUUCUGGCAAGUGUUGGAGCGGUUUUCCCGCAAGUGUGUUUUAA